AUGGUGGACUCAAAACUCGACAAGAAUGGAAACGGGUCGAGAAAACGGCGACGUCAAACAAUCGUUUGUGUGAACUGCAGGCGCCGCAAGACUAAAUGCGAUAAAGGGAAGCCUUGCGAGUCCUGCGUCAAGUUGGGCCUUCAAGAAACAUGUUCAUACAUUCCGGAUCUGGGUAGCCAACUACUGCAGCGUAAGAGCCUUGAUUUUUCCUUUGAGAUACCUCAUUUUGAAGCUUCCUACAUCAACCUGAUACCUGCAGGUUUGCUUGUUAAUCGAAAAAGAUCCGGAACGGGCUACGUGGCACCACUCACAGCAGCAGCAAGUAUACAGCGAGACGUCUAUUUGCGUGUGCUUCGCUCAGUGUGUGCGACCCCCAAGUUUGGCAGCAAGAAAUCACAUAAACGAAAGGAGAAACAUUCAACAGCAGCACAAACAACAACGACAACGGCAACGGCAACAGUAGGGGAUCAUAAAAAAGAACAAGACAAUCCAUCUUGCAGUCUAGAGGAACCAGAAUCUCCAAUGAAGGGCUUGCCCAACUCCCUUCGUCACAUCAAAAAAAUGGAGGAAGAAGCCGCUGAUUUAAGCGAUGACUUGGCUGCAAAACACUGGUAUACUUGCAAAAGGCUUUUCGAGAAGUUCGGGGCGUCCCGGAAAAAUCGCAUCAAAUCGUGGAAUGGCACAGAAACUCCGUUUGAAUUGAUUCCCGAGGCAACCGUAUUCUUUCAACACGUUUGGCCUUAUUACGUCGACCAUGUUUGGCAGCUAUGCCCCGUUUUCAAUCUUUCAACUUUAGAGACCAAGAUUCAUACUGCUUAUGCCAAAAGUCCACAGCAGAAGUACGGCAUAGAUGACUUUGCGUGCUACUGCACAAUCCUACUAAUUACACGUAUCGUCCAGGUCUCGAUAGAACUUUCAGGACGUGCUGAUGACUACCCGAUCAUCAAAAGCAUUGAAACGGAAUGCUAUAUCCCCAUAGUUCAUCAUUUUCUCUUACGAGGCGAAAGCAUCAGAAAGUGCUCAUUGUUCGGUCUACAAGCCAUGCUUUUGCUAAGAUUUUAUCAGUGGUGCGCACCUGACGAUGGGGAUGGCGAAUAUUUGCAGCAAAGCAGUAUGCUAAUGGGAAUGAUCGUGUCUGGAUCUUAUGGGAUAGGUUUGGGAUGGCAUUGCCUGACGCAAAUUGGGGACUUUGUCACAGACAGAAAUAUUCAGUGCGCUAUAGAUCCUACGCAAACCUUGGAGGAAGUGAAAGAGUAUCAACGCGUCUGGUGCGAAAUUUUGCAUUGGGAUCGCAAGAUAAGUCUGUUGACUGGCCUUCCUUGUCUUAUCGGAACGACAAUGAGAGUCAAUAAUAACGAACAUGACGGCUUGUCCUUGCCGGCGCUAAGCUACGACUUCUUGCUAGAAAAAAUUUCCAGAACAAUAAGCAGCUGUCCAACGAAAGUUGAUUUCGAUCUCAUUAUGAGAUUGUCAGGUCACUUGAAGCAGAUGAUGAGAAAUGACUCGAAGGAUAACGUUUUAAACCCGGUACACGCACACGAAAUGAACCUUGUUCUUCUUCUCCUUGAGCUUUCCUUGGAACAUGCUAGGGUCGUCAAUUGCGAAAUUGUUCAGCACUCUGAUGAAUACCGAGACUGUAUCCAAGCAUUGAUGGAGAAGAUUUUAGAAGUCACCAAUUUUUGUCAAUAUUUGCUCAAUCGCGAUGAAGUACUAGCGCCUGCGAGGUUUUACACGAAUAGAAUCGUCGAACUGGCUUUGAGAGGCGCAAUAUCAAUUUUACCUUCCAUUAUUUUACGCUCGGGAAGGUCAUCCGAAGCAAAGAUGAAAGCUACUCUUACAAAGUUUUACAAAGCUACACUUUCCGCAUACUUCAAUAGCCUAGGGACUGACUAUUACCAAGCUUUCAGACGAAUGUUCAAUGCUAAAAUUCUGUUUAAAACCCUUAAACACUUGAACGAAACAGAUCCAUUCCAGACAAUUUUGGAAUUUUACGCAGGAAGCUCGAAAGACAGCGAGGCUAUGGCCGCACCACAGCCUUCGGAAAUGCAAAAGUUUAGAGAUCGUUAUGAUCAGCGUGACGGGAAAGUUAAGCUCGGUGAGCUGUGGGAUAGCUGCCUCAAUAUGUCUGGAGGCUUGUUUUCGUUCGAGUUAGACAUAGAAAACUUAGUUCAGAGCUUGCCGUUUACCCAGGGACUGUCAGAGAACGAAUAUGAUCUAUUUGAUGCAUUUUUUAGUAAAGCGUCCUCACAAUUUCUCGAAACCGUAAAACUUUUACCAUCUGCCUGUGUUACGGACUCGCCUGAAAAUAUAUUUGAUAAUUUCGAUUAUACCUUACUGGAUUUCGGAACCGAAAGUCACUACGAUCCGCUCAUAUUUUUGGACUUCUUUAAGCCAGCCGCUUAA